AGUGGAGAAAGGAAUUCGAUUGGUUUCCUCCCCCAUCAGCACACACACACACACACACACACAAAGUAGAACUUACGUACUCAAACCCCGACAGUGUCCAUUCACAAAGAAGAAGUCCCCAUUCAUCAGAGCUUCAGUUCCUCGAUAUAAGCACAGAUCAGAUCCUCCUGACCAUCACACACACACACACACACACACACACACACACACACACACACACUGGAGAAGAGCGAGUCCAGGAGCAACAGCUGAAUCUCCUGCUGAGAUGACGGAGUUUAUUAAAGAGGAGCGUGAAGAAGACAUGAGUGAAGGAGAAGAUACUGAGGAGGAGCAGACAGAUCUGAUGAAAGUGGAAGAGGAAAGUGACGAACUGAGUGAAGAGGAAAGUGAAGAGGAAGAAACUCAGAAUAUCACAAGAAGAAAAAAAUCUUCUGGUUUAAAGACUAGAAAGAACGAUUCUCAGAAAAGACCUCAAAGAUCUAAAGCUAAAAGGCCAUCAUGCACCUGCCUUCAGUGUGGAAAGAGUUUCACAUGCAAAGGAAGCCUUAAGGAUCACAUAAGGAUUCACACUGGAGAAAGACCUUUCACAUGCAGUUACUGUGGAGUAGGGUUUAAACAAAGCGGAAGUCUCACAGAACACAUCCGAAUCCACACUGGAGAGAAGCCUUACUCAUGCAGUCAGUGUGGGAAGAGUUACGUGCAGAAAGGAGCCCUUGGGAAACACAUGCAAACUCACGCUGAAGAGAAGCCUUUUACAUGUCCGCAGUGUGGGAAAGGUUUUACACAGAAACCAAGCUUUAACCUUCACUUAAGAAAACACUCCGGUGUGAAGCCUUUCAUCUGUUCUCAGUGUGGAAAAGCCUUUAGUCAGUCGUCGUUACUGAAAGCCCACGAGGUCGUUCACAGUGAAGUGAAGCCGUUUCACUGCGCUUCAUGUGACAAGAGUUUCAGCCAAAUGUCUACCCUUCAAAGACAUUUAAAAUCAUUCUUGCAUAAUAAAUACAGGUCCCUAGAAAAGUUCAUGAUCCCAGCUGGUUUUCCCUCAGGAGCAAAUGUGUCCCAACAGAGCAAUAUAACAGGGUCGUCUCCCAAAACACAUUACCUGCAGUGAGAAAGGCAGUUCAGGAGACAUGAAUGUAUUAGUUCAGAAUAUAAACAAAUAAUUGAAACAUGCCCGAAUUGUGAAGGGAUGCCUUUUUUUUUAAUGUUCAGCAUUAAAAACACUUUUAAAUGAAUAAAAUGAUGAUAUGGUGCCAUUCAAAAACUCUUAGUC